GUUGCGGUAAUCCAUCUGACAAGCGAACAGACAACUAUCUCCAAAACAUCUUGGAAUCGACUACCUUAUCGGAUUUUGCUUCCAUCCGAGUGCCGAUUGGCGGGAGGAUGAUUUGUAGUUAUUUCUUGUUGAGGGAGCACAGAAAUUGAAUUUUUUUGGGCAAUGGCGUGGGUGUUGGCUGCUGCGCGGGUGGAGUAGUCGCGUGCAUGGGGGCAGCCGAGUUGGGAAUCGGUUCGCAUAGUAGCUGACGCCGAAGUUUGAUUGACGGCGUGGUGUACAGCGUGUGCAGUGUUCAUUUUCCACAAUUUGUCGAGUUUUCUGGAGGUCAGGCCGCUGUGCAAUUUCUUUUGUCGACGCUUGAAGUUUUGGUUGUAGUCUGCGAAAGAUCAGGGUGUGCUGAUUGAGCAGGGUUGCAAGGAGUGGGUUGCAAGGAGCGCGGAGAAUGGCAGUAUGUGCAUGCAGUACGGGAUUGUUGCAGCUUCUUCCGAAAGCCCCUGCAGUCACCUGCUCAUUGUCCUCUCAGUUGCGGACUGAGAAAAGUGCACAGUUUUCGUGCGUUGUGUCUUCGUCGUCUGAUUGUGUAUGUAACUUGGGGUACGUCAGCAACAAGGGCACUUUGGUUCACUCCUCGUCUUUAGAGAGGUCUCAAAAUAGGAGUAGCGGCUUUAGACAUGGCAGGAGUAGCAGGAGCAGAGGCGAGCCGCGGAAAGGGUACAGAGGAUGCGGCAGGUUGGACCCGAAGCAGACAGUAAUACAUGUGCAAGCGCGGGUACAAGACACUGUAGAGCAUGAAACGUAUGAUAGUGGUAAUGAGCUAGAUCGAAAUUUUCGAAGUAAAACCCGAAGUCGAGGAGAAAAGAAGGGGAAAGAGAGGAGAAGGGUGCAGGUGAUCACCAAUAAUGGCUUUGUGGACCUGGAAGAGCAGUUGGGUAUCUCCAAGGGGCGAAAGGGAGAAGGGAGGCUUAGGUUGCGACUCAGCAGCCAACAGAAUCGGAAUAGAGUGCAGAGAGAUGAGGAAGGAAGGUUGUGUUUUGAGUAUGAAUUUAACGCAACAGACGGUGAGGAAGUACCUGAACUUGACAAUAACUCCUUCUACUCUGCUGAAGAAUUGCAGACUCGGCAAGAGGGCGAUGCACCCAGCCUUGCUCAAGCUGCGACGCCCUUGGAAAUUGGGACAUUUUUAGCCUCCGAGCGAGGAGCUGGCCGGAGUGCUGGCGGUGGUCUCUCUGCUGGUCCUGUGGAGUUUGACGCAGAGGAGCAAUGGUCUGGUGAUGAGCAAGAAGGUGAUGCAUACGUUGAAGCAGAAUCGCAUUCUACUAAGUUUCUCCUGGAUACUCCUGGUGGCCAGCAAGUGGCCGAGCUCGUGGGCGCGUGGGACGGCUUAGCAGGGAGACUUCCUCCUGAUUUUGCUUCCAGUGCCGGAUCCACGCUUCUAUUAGCUGCUCUGAGACUGACUGUCAGCACUCUUCGCCAUACAUCACCUACUGAAGACGGGCGCAAGCCCCUUUCUCGUGCAUUGUCUGUGGCAUUUAUCCUUGCUGACCUUCGGAUGGACGCAGAGGUGAUUGCAGCCGGUCUUCUUCGGGAGGUUGUCGAAGCAGGGUACCUUAACAUUGCAGGAGUGGAGAGGGUUCUAGGCAAGGAAGUGGCCAUUCUUCUCGAAGAUUGUGCUCGUGUUAAGUAUAUGCCUUCUCUCUUAGACACAUUAGACGAUGCCUCCGUCAAAGCUAUUCGCCAGUAUUGUCUUGCGUUCCACGAUGUCCGUGCUAUCGUAGUAGAAGUCGCAGCCCGCUUGGAUACUUUGCGGCACAUUCAAGUGCUUCCACGGUACAGACAACAGAUGCUUUCGCUGGAGACUAUGCAAAUCUAUGCGCCUCUUGCGCAUGCUAUGGGUACCGGCAAGGUCAGCCACGAACUUGAAGACCUUGGUUUCAGGGUACUCUUUCCAGACUCUUACACAUACAUCGGAAGCUGGCUCAAGUUACACUUCGCUGAUGGUCAAAAGGUCGUCCAACAGUGUCAAAAUGAUUUGCAGAAGGCCUUGGAAGAGGACCCAGAGAUGCAAUCCCUGAUAGAAUCAGUCAAAAUUUCAGGCAGAUGUAAGAGCAAAUACAGCACUAUGAAGAAGCUUCUUAGAGAUGGUAGACCACCCGAGGAGGUUUUUGACGUGUUGGGCCUGAGGGUGGUGCUGACCCCUAGAAAAGAGGGCACUAGCUCUGUGAAGAAGCGUGGUGCAAGAGCUUGCUACAAAGCAUUGGAAAUUGCGACGACUUUGUGGGAGGAAGUUCCUGGAAGAUUGAAAGAUUACAUUGCGAAGCCGAAGAAGAAUGGUUACGAGAGUCUGCAUUUAGCUGUAACUUUGAGCAACCGCGGGAAUUGGUCAACUCUUAUGGAGGUACAGAUACGCACGGAAGAAAUGAAUGAAAUGGCGGAGGGUGGACUUGCUUCACAUUCGCUUUACAAAGGCGGGCUCACUGAUCCCGAACAGGCAGGUUAUCUUAAGGCUAUUAUGCAAGCGGCAGCUGAUGUAGCAUCAACCCGAUUUUCAGACUUGACAAACGAGUCGGUUGAAGUUAUUGGGGAGGGGUUUGCACAGAGCAAAUUUGACGACCAAAUGUUUACCUUUUUUGAUAAGAACAAUGAUGGGGUGAUCAGUAUGGACGAGUUGAAGGAUGUUAUUGGCGAGCUAGGAGGGGAUGAGGAGGAUGCGAACGAGCUAAUGAAACUUGUAGACUCCAACUUCGAUGGGUCAGUCAGUCAAGAGGAAUUUAAGGACUUUCGUCGACAGGUUAAAUUGUUUGAGAAUCUCGCUGGAGUGGAUAGGCAAUUUACGACACAGCUUGAUCAGAAGCUUUUGACUGCUUCAAAAAAUUCAAAUGGGAUUGAUACUGUCGAUCAAGACGAGCAAACGAUGUUACCUAUAGCUAAUGAUUUAGAAAGGAAGGCGAAUACCAAUGGAUCUGCCAGCCCCUCAAAUGUGCAGGAGGUUGACUAUCCUUCCAAAGAUUUAGAGCGGCAGAUGUGGAUGGACAGGAUUAAUGACUCAGCGAAGGGUUCAACAAGUAGCAGCAGUGGCAAUGCUACCAAUGAUGGAAUUAUCAUCCAAAGUCCAGCUAAGUUAGCAAAACCUUCGAAGCCUGCAUCAACAUUAGUAGACAAGAGGUCUAGUUCUGUUGUUGGCAAUGUCUCUGUUGCAGAUGUAGUUGGUUCCCCAAGGUAUUCGUGGCAAUCGUCAACUAGUGGCGAGUUUGAGAAAGAGGACACGAUGCAGUUGCAUUCCCAAGUGACGGAUGUUGAGUCGGACAUUGAUAGGACGCUAGCUAAUGCAAGGAAGCAACUUGCAGCAGGUGAUUUUAAAGAUGCACAGCGUACCUUACAGAAGCUGGCAAAGAAGCAUCCUAACAAUGCAGAUGUUAUGGUGCAUUUGGCUCAACUAGAACGAGAAAGAGGGGAUAUGGUUGCAGCAGGAGCAUAUUACGAGAGAGCAGUUGGAGCGCUUAAGAAACAAGGAGAUUACGGUCUUAUUUAUGUUAAAACACUGCAAAGAUGGGGGUCUUUAGAAGCACAGGCUCGAAAUGCCAGUAGAGCCAGAUAUCUAUAUCUGGAAUCCGUCCGAAUAGCUCAUAAUGGAGAGAAGAAGGGAGUUCAGGAACUACUAGGAGCAAGUGUUUAUGGAUUGCAUGGGUGGGCUAUGCUAGAACAAAAGGUAGGAAAUUGGAGCAAAGCGAGGGAAUUGCUAGAAAGAGCUGCAAAGAUGCAACCCGGAAAUGCUGUAGUUCACCAGAGCCGAGCUCUUCUAGAAGCACUAGCCCACAAUUACGCUGCUGCUCGUUACCAUUUUAGACUUGCUGUGGAGGCAGCUCCAGAAGAUGUGAAGUGCUGGCAGGCAUGGGCGUUGUUUGAAGCAAAUCAAGGCAAGCGAGGAAAAAUGAGGCAGCUUUUUCAGAAGGCACUAGAAGUAGAGCCAGAAAAUCUCCACGCACUUCAGGCUUGGGCGCAUCAAGAGUCAUUGCUAGACUCAGACUCAGCACGGGAACGUGCUCGUAAAUUGUAUCAACGAUGUGUGGAAAUGAACCCCAAUAGUGUUCACUCUUGGCAGGCAUGGGCUUUAUUGGAACAAAACGCUGGAAAUGUAACAGGUGCUAGGAUCCUUUUCGAAAGGGGUCUUGGAGCCAAUCCUCGAAGCGUUCCAUGUCUUCAGGCCUACGCGUACAUGGAACGUGUCAAUGGAAACCUGAAGACUGCCCAGAAACUGCUAGUGGCAGCAUUGCAGUUGGAGCACGAGAAUCCGGCUGUUUUGAUGGAAAUUGCUCUCACAGAAGAAGCCAUGGGUAACAAGGAAGUGGCAGCAGAGUAUUUUCGAAAAGCUGGCAUCGUAGAUAAGCGAAAAAGCCGUUUGAAGCGCCGUAUGUUUGAGUCACGAAAAGCAGCACCCAAGUUAAAGGUACCAAAGCCCCAGGAUGCAAAGCAGAAUACAGAGGUUGUGUAAUCUUUUGAUGAAAGCGCUAUCAGAAGUUACCACUCGCCAGGUCAUAGAAGUGAAUGCUCUUGCAGCGUGGAGAAUCACUUGCUUCGAAGUAUGAAAUCUGUCUACUAGUUACGUUCUUCAGCUUGUAUAUUUGUGAACCGAUAUGUGCUUCAUUCUAUUGAGGGUUCCCCAGGGGAUCAGGGGAUCAGCCUUCUGGUGGAAUCACAUUGUUUCGUACCAAAUUUAUUUUUUCGGAUAAAUGACAGCUACUGCUGUUAACCUUGUGAGUCAA